UGUAGGUUCAUGGCAGUUUUCAUCCCCUCCAUCUAAGAACUGUUUACAAACAUUUGUUAUUAAACUUCGCAGCACCAGAGAAGGGCUGCAUUCAGUACCUGUCUGUCUGCCUGUGACACCGAGAUCUGCUGCUGUUUGCCUGGGGAUGCCCCGUGCUUUGUAUCUGCCAGGCUCAGCGGGGCCGUGACAUCAGACGUUUUCAAAACAAAGAAUUCAAGCCCAUCCUUCUGCUGAAAGGAAGAUUGCCAACAUGCCAACUGAGAGAAGGUAGGAGAGGCACAGCCAGUGACACGAAGUAUGAUUGUUAUAUUAUACCUCUGGUGAAGCUCUGUGGAAGAUAGAUGUGUGUGCUGCAAUGGUGACAUAAAGAUUUCACAGGACUGGAACAAGUUGUUGAGAAUCUGUGUUUGUUUUUCAUGCUGCUGUCGAGAACUAUCUAAGGCAAGUAAACACCAUGAGUUUUAUCCUGAAGCUUCACAGACAUUUUCAAAGAACAGUUAUUUUGCUGGCCACUUUUUGUAUGGUGAGCAUAGUUAUUUCUGCCUACUACUUGUAUAAUGGCUACAAACAGGAAAAUGAACUUCCUGAAAUCUCUUCAGAAGUGGAAUGUGGUGAUCCUCAACUGUUGCCAUACAAGCUGAUGGAGAUGAAGACCAUGAAGCCUCUUGAUCCCUUGAGGACAGACCUUGUAGUGCUGGUGUUUGUGGAAAGCCAGUACUCCACGUUAGGCCAAGAUAUAAUAACCAUCUUGGAAUCCAGCAGAUUUCAGUUCCACAUUGAGAUUGCUCCUGGGAAAGGUGACCUCCCGGUGCUUAUAGACAAAAACAGAGGCAAAUACGCUCUCAUAGUCUAUGAAAAUAUUCUGAAGUAUGUGAAUAUGGACUCUUGGAACAGAGGCCUUCUAGAUAAGUACUGUAUAGAAUAUGGUGUAGGUGUUAUUGGAUUUCACAAAGGCAGUGAGAACAGCCUGCAGAGCUUUCAGUUGAAGGGUUUUCCUUUCCAUGUCCACAGCAAUCUGGGUAUUAAGGACUGUUGCAUUAACCCUCAUUCCCCACUGCUCCAUGUGACUAAAUCUUCUAAGCUGGAGAAAGGGCCCUUGCUUGGAAAUGACUGGGCUGUUUUCCAGAUUAAUCACACAGCUUAUCAACCAGUGAUAUUUGCAAAAGUAAGGACACCAGAAAACCUUUCUCCACCUGCUGCUCUCAGUGCUCUCUAUGCCACGGUAAUUCACGACCUGGGGCUCCACGAUGGGAUACAACGAGUCCUUUUCGGCAAUAACUUGAAUUUUUGGCUGCACAAGCUGAUUUUCAUAGAUGCCAUCUCUUUCCUAACUGGAAAGAAGCUCAGACUGUCCUUGGAUAGGUACAUUCUGGUUGACAUAGAUGACAUCUUCGUUGGGAAGGAGGGAACGAGGAUGAACACCAACGAUGUACAGGCCCUGCUUGACACUCAAAAUCUUUUGAGAGCCCAGAUUACAAAUUUUACUUUCAACCUGGGAUUUUCAGGGAAGUUUUAUCACACAGGGACUGAGGAGGAGGAUGAAGGUGAUGACCUGCUGUUGAGAUCAGUGGAUGAGUUCUGGUGGUUUCCCCACAUGUGGAGUCACAUGCAGCCCCACCUCUUCCACAACGAGUCCUCUCUGGUGGAGCAGAUGAUCCUCAACAAAAAAUUUGCCUUAGAACAUGGUAUUCCAACUGACUUGGGCUAUGCAGUGGCUCCACACCAUUCUGGAGUGUAUCCAGUACAUGUUCAGCUUUAUGAUGCCUGGAAAAAGGUCUGGAACAUCCGAGUUACCAGCACAGAAGAAUAUCCACAUCUUAAGCCUGCAAGGUACAGACGAGGCUUCAUCCACAAAAGCAUCAUGGUGCUUCCUAGGCAAACUUGUGGCUUGUUCACCCACACCAUUUUCUAUAAAGAGUAUCCUGGAGGUCCAAAGGAGCUAGACAAAAGUAUUCAAGGAGGAGAGUUGUUCUUCACAGUGGUUCUCAAUCCAAUCAGCAUCUUCAUGACACACUUGUCUAACUACGGAAACGACCGCCUGGGCUUGUACACCUUUGUCAACCUGGCCAACUUUGUUCACACCUGGACAAACCUCAAACUGCAAACCCUUCCUCCAGUUCAGCUGGCUCACAAGUAUUUUGAACUAUUCCCUGAGCAAAAGGACCCUCUCUGGCAGAAUCCCUGUGAUGACAAAAGGCACAGAGAUAUCUGGUCUAAGGAAAAAACCUGUGAUCGAUUGCCAAAAUUCUUGGUCGUAGGACCCCAGAAAACUGGUACCACAGCCUUGUAUUUGUUCCUGAUCAUGCAUCCUUCCAUCAUUAGUAACUCCCCCAGCCCAAAAACCUUUGAGGAGGUACAGUUCUUUAAUAGAAAUAACUACCACAGGGGGAUUGAUUGGUACAUGGAUUUCUUCCCCACUCCUUCUAAUGUCACCACCGACUUCCUCUUUGAGAAAAGUGCCAACUAUUUCCACUCUGAGGAAGCUCCCAAGAGAGCUGCUUCCCUCAUCCCCAAGGCCAAGAUCAUCACCAUCCUCAUCGACCCGUCCGACCGGGCGUAUUCCUGGUACCAGCAUCAGCGAUCACAUGAAGAUCCUGCAGCUCUGAAAUUCAGCUUCUAUCAGGUGAUCACAGCUGGUCCUCGAGCCCCCUCUGAGCUCAGAGCUCUCCAGAAGAGAUGCCUGGCCCCUGGAUGGUACGCUAUCCAUAUUGAAAGAUGGCUAACUUACUUCCCACCUUAUCAGUUGCUCAUUAUUGAUGGACAGCAGCUGAGAACUGACCCAUCUACCGUAAUGGAUGAAGUACAGAAAUUCCUGGGAGUCUCUCCUCACUAUAAUUACUCUGAAGCCCUAACGUUCGACUCACAUAAGGGAUUCUGGUGUCAGCUCCUGGAAGAAGGAAAAACAAAGUGUCUUGGAAAGAGCAAAGGCAGAAAAUACCCUCCUAUGGAUUCUGAGUGCAGGGCCUUUCUGUCAAGCUACUACAGAGAUCACAACGUGGAACUGUCAAAACUUCUUCACAAAUUGGGACAACCCCUGCCAUCGUGGCUGAGACAGGAGCUGCAGAAAGUGAGAUAGCAUUGGAAAACAGCUGUUUGAAAUCUCCCUUCCACACUUCAGUCAUCAUACCUAAACUCUCCAGCAGCUACCAGAAGGUCUUGUAAGAUAUACCUCUUCGAAAAAGUGUAAAAGAUAGAAAUUAUUUCCAUAUGCUGGCAUGUGGAUUGUAAAAAAUACAUGCAUUUCUUAGAGCUCUGAUGGGCCAGAUCUUUCUUACAAACAUUUCUGGGCCUGUGGACUUGUGGACUACUGUGCACAAAUGUGGAAGUUAUUUACAGCUGGUAAAAGCGUCAGAAAUACAUGACCUGUCCAAUUUCAUGGUAAAUAUUUACAUUUUUAUAUAUCAGUUUAAAAGUAUUGUGUCUCAUGUAGGUUUUGUAGCCCAUUGUUAGGCCGCUGACAGUUUUUCUUCCUAUUUGAUUAUUGUGUUGCAUAAGGUAAGAAAAGUUAAUGUAGCACAAAAUGCCAAGUGUACUUCUGCCUUUGGAAUCAGCUUGGUAAUAACCCAAAGUGUGUACAAACACAGGUGAGAAGUACAGUUUAUGUGAUAUGUAUGAUUUAGCCGUGCACAGCAACUAAAUACACAGAGCAAAAUCUGGAAGCUGCUGGCAAAAGCAGUGUAGAGAAAACCAAACUCACACAAACAAAACUAUCAUAGGAACCUGUGAUUAUAUCCUGUAACAGCAACCCCUUACAGUGUGGUAAGGACCUUUGUCCAUAAUUAUGUCUGAUCUUGUACUGACUGAAAUGUUAGAAUAUAGCCAUUAUCUGAACAGAAAUUAAUUUGGACAUGUGAAGCACAAAAAUUGCAGUAUAGUCCUCAUGAACAGUAUUAGACUUAAACAAUUGUGACUCAAACUGGAGCAGUGGAAGAAACUCCUGGUUCUGUGAGCAGCCAGAUCCAGGCACUGCACUCACAGGCUUGCUGUGAAUCAGGAGUAUCUGCACUGAAACGGAUGAAAAACUAAAAAAGAGCAGAAAGAGAUCCAUACUUUUAUUACCUUAAGUUGCACUACUAUUUUUUCUUUUAUUUGCCUUUUUGCUUUCCAAGAUCUUUCAACCUUAUCAAAAUUGUAGCACAUUUCAGUAACUUUCUGUUUACAUCAGCUGCAAAAUUCUGUCAGAUUUCGAGAAGAAAAUACAGGUCCUGGUUCCAAACAUCUUAAACAUAUUUGAUAUUAAAAAUUGAGGAAGAAGAUCAGUGACAACUUCAGCUGACUGUGACCUUAAUGCUUCUGCAGUGAACUUUGGCUCCCAGUGUUUCUAAAGGCAUGAAGGGGUAGUGAAAACAAAAGAGAACUGCAGUACUAAAUGCUGUGUUUUAUACAGUAGCUCUUACAAUGUUUUCAUACUUUGUUUUAGGGCGAAUACUUAAAAACAUGCAUCAAAUGGUGGAAAAACUUUCUGUGUCUCAGUGCUGUUUUACGACAUUCCUGUAAUCAUAUGAUUUAACUUUCAAGGAGCCUUUAAAAAACAAGAGUGACUUUUAACAUGCAGUCAGCUUGAUGAAGGAUGAGGAGGCUGAGCACAGCAUGCAGGCAGCAGCUAGAUGAGUUAUUUCCCGUGUCAUAGGAUGGACAUGAGUACAGCAGAGUAAGCAAGUCAUACCACAUGAGUUAUCUGGCAAAGUUUAACCUCUCUCUUCACAGCUUACCUACAACCAGUGUUUGGUUUCCAGAAAUAGACUAUCAGUAUUAAUACUCUUAAAAAAAAAUACUGAUUUCUUACAAUGAGUUUCUGUUUGCGAGUCAAAGUCGGAUGUUUGAUUGUGGCUGGUAACACAGCCAUGGUUUCUGUUCCCCUGGUAGGUAACUGCACAAGCAAUUUCUUUGACAACUGCGUGAUUAUUUGAGCCUCGCCUUUGUUUUCCGAAAUCAGAUUCUGAAAUUUGCUUUCUGCAGACCUCUGUGCCAUUAAAAACCAGUGUGUGGUUAUGAGCAGAAAGUGACCACUUGGGGGGGUGUAAACACAGAGCCUGAUACUCAAUUACCUAAUUAUUUGAGCAAACAUUCCUGAAAAUACUGUGAUAUUUUCCCAGUUCUACUUGUGCAGAAAGAAUUAGUUUGAAUGAUUUGCAGACUAUCUUGUACAGAAUAUCCUUUUUCAUUGCUUAAAAAUGUGAAACUUCCUCAGGAAGAAAUUAAAUAGAUAUUUCGAUGUUUAUAGAUGUAAUACUCUUGUCAUUCACAUUGAAUGAAUAUUGCUGGAAACAUUUUUCUCAGAGUUUUUUUAAAUAAAAAAAAAUAGAUAUUAUUCUGAUAGUGGCAUGGUAUUUGAAGUGCAACAAUAAACUCUGAUAAGAAAA